AUGCGGUCAUUGCAUGUUUUCUCUCUGCUCUGCACUCUUGCUGCAGCUUCCAAUGGGGCCAAAAUAGACAGGCGCCAUGUCGUGCAAACGUUCAACCCUCGCCGAAAUGCGAGCUCGCCGGAGACCCCUUUGCAGGUUGGCAACGGCAACUUUGCCUUUGGCGCUGAUGUGACAGGUCUACAGACGUUCAGCCCCUUUGCUACCAUGUCAACAUGGGGCUGGCACAACUUCAGUCUGCCAACGACACCAGGCCAAACAUCCAUAGACGACUACAAUGGCACAGAGUGGUGGACUCAUGACCGGCUUGUCCAAUACAACAUGCCGAACGAAAACAACGAAGAUAUCGCCAACUGGCUCCGGGAGAAUCCUCACCGCAUCAACCUUGGCUCUAUUGGCCUCUCAUUUGGUGAAGAUGAUGUCAAAGAGGAAACGCUCCAAGCCAAAUCCCAAGAGUUGGACUUAUGGAACGGGGUCAUCAAGUCCUCUUUCACAUACCAGGGCUCUGUCGUCGAGGUUGAGACACGAGCCGACCCAGACUCGGAUACCGUGGCUAUCCGCAUCAAGUCUGAACUUCUCUCCAAGGGCGGCCUGGGCGUCUUCUUCGAUUUCCCCUAUCCCGACAACAACAAGUUUGACGAACCUUUUGUAGGACUCUUCAACCAGACCGACAAGCACUCCACAUCGCUGAUCAGCUGUGGGAAUCACGCCACGAUCCAUCACGAUUUGGAUACCUUUGAGUACGACUUGGUCCUCGAAUGGAACGGCAAAGGCAAAGUCGUGGCUGCCAGCGAUGGGAGCCAUCGCCAUACUCUCACCGUCGAAGGUUCCCGUGAGCUUGAAUUGACGGCCCACUUUGCGCCCUCCAAGCCGGAACGUCGUCCUAGCUAUAGUGAGAUCGUGGCCGCGUCCGAGGCAUGGUGGCCGGCAUACUGGACGAAGGGUGCCUUUGUCGACCUCACAGCAACCGACGCAGGCGAUGCGAUGGAACUGCAACGACGCACGAUUCUGUCUCAGUACCUUGUCGCUGUCAACAGCGCGUCCGACUACCCGCCUCAGGAAUCCGGCCUCGUCAACAAUGGCUGGUUCGGCAAGUUCCAUAUGGAAAUGAUCCUCUGGCACCACGUCCAGUUUGCUCGCUGGGGUCACUGGGAUCUCCUCCACCGCGGUCUGCCGCACGUCUGGAACCGGCUGCUCGAAGGGGCCUUUGAGCGCGCCGCCACCCAAGGCUACGACGGCGCCCGCUGGGGCAAGAUGACGGAUCCGUCGACCAUCGACUCGCCGGGCGAGAUCAACACGCUGCUGAUCUGGCAGCAGCCGCAUCCGAUGUACUUUGCCGAGCUCGAGUACCGCGCGUUCCCGACCAAGGAGACGCUCGACCGCUGGGCCCGGCUCCUCGACGCGUCGGCCGACUUUAUGGCCUCGUACGCCUGGUUCAACGAGACGACGGGCGUGUACGACCUCGGCCCGCCCCAUGUACCCAUCCUCGGAGAACACGAACCCCAACGUGACGGUCAACCCGCCCUUUGA